UAUAGUUGGGAGAUGGGGACUUGCAUCCCGGCGAGUGUGCUGGGACCUAGCGGAAUCAUUAAUAAAUGCCAGAGCACCCUCAGAAACUUAAAUCUAAUCACAGACUGGCAAUGCUAUCGAACUGACCCUUUCUGGUUGACUUCGGGUUGUGAGAAAAGAUCCGAGUUAAGCUUGCAAGGGCUCAAGGACCUCAGAAGGCUCUGUUGGAAAGCACCUCACGAAGAAGACUUGUUCGCUCUGUCCUGUGUUGUAGACACCAACAAGAGGCAUCUUGAAGCCCUCGAAUUAGACUUCAUUGAGUGGGAUACUUCUGCCGGACGUUCCUUCCGCUAUGGAAAUGGGACGCCUGACGUCUGCCCCUUACUUGGUGACGUCCUCCAUCUGAGUCCGAUUGCUGGGGGCGCUAUUUUCCCAAAACUCCAGGAACUGAGUUUAUCUGAAGCAGCUAUCGGACCUAAAUUGGCCCUGGCCAUAGACUUCAAUGUGCUGAGAGUAUUGAAACUUAGGGGUUGCUACGGAUGGUGUGAAUUUUUGGAACAUCUUACAGCCUCGAGGGUGAAACUGGAGAUCACUACAUUCGAGCUGAUUGCAGCUGGAGAUAAGUCACCAGCGGUGGAAAUAAGAGAUGAUACGAUUAAUGAAUUUCUUGCGUCUUUUACAGGACUUCAAGAACUUUACUUGCUGGUGUCAGCGCCGUGGUUUCCUUGCGGCCAGUUCAGUAGCGCAAUUGCAAACCAUCGCGCAACCUUACGGCAGUGCGUUCUAGAUGGUCUAUGGGAGAAUAUCCCCGAGGAACCCGAAAGAAGGAUGUUGGCUGCGCCGUUUGGGGAAGGGUUUCUGGGGAUACUGGACCUGCAGGCAAUUGGGUUGAUCAAUGACCAUCACACGCUGGUAUGUAUGUCCGGAUAA